AUGGAGGGGAAAAAUAAACUCUACACAGAUAAGUCAAUAUCGAAAAUCAAGAGAGUUCUCAAAUCAGACCUCAUUGAUGAAGAUUGUAGUAAGGAUCCUAUAGAAUUCACCUUUCCAGGUGUUAACAAUGUUAAUGCUGGAUACGUUCGAUGGGGAAAGAAGACAUGUGCGCAAAACGUAGAACUCGUAUAUUCAGGUUAUGCCGGAGGAUCGUACUAUACACAUACCGGGGCAGCUGUGGAACCAUUGUGUCUCCCAAAGGACCCUCAGUGGGGGUAUUACAAAGAAGGAUUUGACGGAUACAAGCAGUACAUAUAUGGAGCAGAAUUCAGGACAUACGAUUUCAGAAAGUCUUUGAGCCUCCAUGAUGUGCCAUGCUCUGUGUGUCGAGUUCACGGAAAAACAGCUGUAUACACCGUCCCAGCCAGAAAAACUUGUCACAGAGGCUGGACCUUAGAAUACAGCAGAUAUCUGAUGUCUGGUUAUCACGGUGCCAAAGCUGCUUCUAAAUUUACCUGUGUGGACAAAGAUCCAGAUAACGUUACAGGGGGUGGAUCGGAAGGAUACGGGUACCUGUUGUACCCCGUUGAGGCGAGUUGUGGGUCCCUGAAAUGCCCCCCUUACGUGGGAGGAAGAGAACUCACUUGUGCCGUUUGCUCUGCACCAUAA